AUCACGGAUUUCUGCUCCCUCAAAGCUUUCUCCACCACUUAAUCCCCAACCGUCCCUCCCUCUUGACUCUGUCACUAUCCGAAAAACUUCAAACCCAGAAACUAAGAAUCGAAGCUAACAACUCAUGAUUCAGAAUUCCCCACGCCCACCCAAUUUCCCCGCCAUUCCAUUCCUCUUUAUUCUUCGCUCUUCCUUCUGGUUCUUCUCAAAUCAUCUCUCCCCACCAACCUUCAGUCCCCUUUUCAAUGGCGAUCCCCUGUUCUCCUGACUGGUCACUGGUCGCUUCUUCUUCAUCUUCACCUUCGCACAUCACGUGCUCCACCAAACCCAAAAGCUUCCCACCGUGCACCAAACCCAACAGCUUCUCUUUCCGCCCAAACUCCAAUUUCCAUAUCAAAUCUAUCUGCUUCCCAUCUGCUCCAGUGCUGGCCGCAGAAGAGAAAGAAGAAGUAGAAGAAGCACCCCCCAAUCUCCGUAGCAGCCACUUCCGGCUUCAAAGAGACUACAACCACCAGCAGCAGCCCUACCCGGCUUCAGAUGCAGAGAAUCUCAACGCAUUCCUUCGUGGGUUGCUUCACGAUCCCAGAACCGAAGCCUUGGCUUGUGACCACUACAGGAAAGCCAAGGAAACCCCACAGUUCAAGCCAGAGAAGUCCGUCGUCAAGCUUCUGGUGAAGUAUCUGGUUCGAACCAAGAACUGGGAUCGUUUGCUUCUGCUGCUUUCAGACGAUUUCAGGAGGUACGAUACUCUCCCCGACGCUUACACUUGCUCUACAUUGGUCGAGAAUUGCAUCCGAGCUAGGAAAUUCAGAAUUUCUGAUCGAUUCCUCGCGAUUUUCCAAUCCCACCCUAAAGUCUCUGUUUUAGCUUUCAAUUCCGCUAUGAAAGGUUACAACAAGUUGCAUAUGUACGGCAGUGUGAUUCGAUUGCAUGGUAAAAUGAAAUCUUCUGGAAUCGGUUUGAGUUCUGGCUGCUAUUACCAGGCAAUGAAGGCACACCAGAAAUUGGGCAAUGCAGAAAAAGUAGUUGCCCUGUUUGACGAGUUUGAAUCUGAAGAGCUUGACCCAAAACUAGAAGUGCUGACCAAAAUGUACAGAGUAUUGACUGAAUCACUAGCCAAAUCAGGUAGAGCUUCUGAAGCUCUGGGUUACUUGAGAAGGAAUAACAUGGAAGAUGGUUUGCUUGUCGAGGAUCCCAAAAUCUACUCAUCGUUAAUCUGGUCAUUUGCUGACUCCAAUCAAGCUCGAGAAGCGGAAGAGCUAUUUCACGAAGCGAUAGAGAAGAACACAUUGCAAGACCCAGAGGCAUUCUCGAAGCUCAUCUCGAUGUAUAUCGAGCGAGGUCAGGUGGAAAAGACUCUCGAUGUUGUCAGUGCCAUGAGCCACGAUGCAAACGUCAAGGUUACCGAUUGUGUGUUCUGUACGGUGCUGAACGGUUUCGCUAAAAGUAGAGGCUUUUCUGCUGCAAUCAAAGUGUACGAGGAGAUGAUAACCAAAGGGCAUGAGCCAGGACAGGUGACCUAUGCAUCAGCGAUCAACGCAUACUACCGUGUGGCAAACUAUCGCACAGCAGAGAAGGUGUUUGCAGAGAUGCGCGAGAAGGGUUUCGACAGUUGCCUUGUGGCGUACUCCACCGUCAUCGCGAUGUACGGGAAGAUGGGUAGAGUUACGGAUGCAAUGCGGCUGUUGGGGGAAAUGAAGGAGAGGAAGUGCAAGCCCAACAUAUGGGUGUACAAUUGCUUGCUUGAGAUGCACGGUAGGGCGAUGAAUGUGAAGCAAGUGGAGAAGAUAUGGAACGAGAUCAAGAGGAAGGGAAUCGGGCCCGACAAGGUGAGCUACACUAGCCUCGUGAGCGCAUACAACAAGGCAAAGGACUUCGACAAGUGUGUUGAGUAUUUCGAAGAGUACAGGACGGUGAUGAAUGGCGAUGGCGUGGAUAGGAAGAUGGGAGGGAUAAUGGUGGGGGUAUUCUCAAAGAUGAGUUUGAUAGAGGAGAUGGUGAAGCUGUUGAGAGACAUGGAGUCAGUUGGGACGGGAUUGGAUGCGAGGCUUUAUGCAACGGCUUUGAAUGCAUUGAGAGACGCUGGGCUCGAGUCGCAGUCAAAAUGGUUGAAGGAGAGCUUUCAAGCUACUUGAGAGAGUAUACCCUUUUGAUUUAGUAUCCUUUUCACUUCAGAAUCCCUGUUGUAGCUCAGUAGCUAGCAUGUUAUAGUGUACACUGAUACAUAAAUGAUUGUAUAGUGGCGCCUGUGAUGAUAUAAAUGGAAGAUUUUUCUGUAAUGUUGUCAGAGAUUAACGAAGAUCAUCAUUAUUAGCUGACAUAACUAAGGAGAUACAGAGACCAAAGAUUGGUUUAACAGGCAGAUGGUGGAUAAGAUAACUCAGAAAAUAGGGAAAUAAAUACUAAACAUUGGC